AUGUCCGGCCCGCCUUUCACGGUUCGAGCGGUUUUCGAAUACUCCUCGGGCCACGAUGACGACCUCAAGUUUCCAAUCGGACAAGUUGUAACGGUCACCGCCGAGGAGGAUGCCGAGUGGUACGUUGGCGAAUACACGGACGCCUCUGGGAUUAAGCAGGAAGGUAUCUUCCCCAAGAGCUUUGUUGAACGAUAUGAGCCCCCGGCUCCUCCAAGACCGGCACGCCCGACUAGGACGAAGAAAGAGUCCGAACCUGCGCCAGUGGAACCACCGGUCCCUGUGAGCGAACCUCAACCACAAGCCGAACCAGAGGUCGCGGAACAGCCCGUCAAGGACGAUAUUGAACCCGUUAUCCAGAAGCCUUCUCAGCCCCAGUCUCCUAAGAUUUUGAGUUCUCCUGCCGCAGAAGUUUCAUCCCCACCCCCGUUGCCCAAGCAGGCACUUGCGCCGGCCCCUGCGGUUGCUGCUAUCCCCGCUCCACCACCGGCAGCCAAGGCACCAGCUUCGAAACCACCACCACCGGCUGUGGCAGAUAAGCCCUCAGGAUCUUCGUUUAGGGAUCGCAUCGCCGCAUUCAAUAAAUCUGCAGCUGCACCUGUCGCACCUUUCAAACCCGGUGGCCCGCCGCAGCCGAGCUCCUUCGUCAAGAAACAAUUCGUCGCCCCGCCGCCUAGCAAGGACUCAUUUGUCGCCCCUCCCAGAGAACCUGCGCCCAAGAUCUACAAAAGAGAAGAGGAUCCAGAAGUCAAGGAGCAAAUUGCCCGAGAACCCCCAGUAUCUGAGAGUCGCCCGCCACCCCCACCUCCGCAAGAGACCGAAGAAGGUGGAGAGGAUCAGCCAAAGCCCACGAGUCUGAAAGAUAGAAUCGCCCUUCUUCAGAAACAGCAAUUGGAACAAGCUCAACGCCACGCGGAGUCGGCUCAAAAGAAAGAAAAACCUAAGCCCCCAAAGAAACCUGUUGAGCAACCUACGGAGCCUACCGAACAGGAAGAGGAGCUCGAGCCUUCUUCAUUUGAAGCUCCGGAAGCUUCUAGAGAUCCUAGUGCUGAGAUGGCGAGGCCAAGGGCCCCUCCUGCCGUGCCUACACCUUUCUCACCAACUGAAGAAAUCUCUGAGUCCAACGAUGCCGAUUACUCUGCCGCUGCAGACUCUGAGGAUGUAGAGUCAUCAACAGGCAAGGACGAAGAAGAUGAGGAGGUUCCGCAACCGCCACGUCAAGCUGUUGAACAACAGACUGAGCAGGCUGAUGAAGAAGAGGAGGCAGAAGAGCACGGAUUGAAGGAGGCCGAAGAAGAGGCCGAAGAAGAGGAAGAGGAGAUGGACCCCGAAACCAGACGCCGAAUGGAGCUUCGUAACAGAAUGGCAAAGAUGAGUGGUGGUAUGGGUAUGAUGGGACUUUUCGGCCCACCGGGUGGAUUGCCAGGUAUGGGUCCUCCUCCUACUUCACGCAGGCCCAAGACUCCUGGCGAGACUGAGAAGAAGCUCGCGGAGUCUGAGCCGACCUCUCCAGGUAGUGCUCCACCUGUUCCAAUGAUUCCGCUGCCUGGGAUGACUGCUGCUCCUAAGCUCGCUCCCUCGGCCGACAUUGAGAGAGAUGAGGAAUCCAAUAGCAGUCCAGUCACCGAGCAUGAUGCUCCACGAGAUGUCCCAGACAUCGAUGAGGUUACCCAUGAAAACCUCUCACCCAUCCGUUCUCUUGAAAGACCCCCUCCCGUACCUCCUACUCAUGAACGUUCGCCUCCUGCACCGCCGGCUCCUGAGUCGCGCCCUGUGUCGCGCCCAGCUCCACCUCCGGUGCCUGUAUCCCCUCCAUCAGUUCCAGGAAAUCGACCAGUUCCUCUCCCGCCUAGGCCUUCAACUGGUGACGAAUCCGAUGAUGAAUUGUCGCUACAUACUCGGAAUCUGUCCUUGAAUCCUUCUGCGCCAAUUCCAUCGGCGGUUCCCGCUCCAGCACUGCCUGACUAUAUUGAUGCCCGCCGACAAUCAACUUAUGAACCGGUCUCUCCCGUAACCCAGACCCCGGUUUCUGAGAAGAGAGCAAGUCGUGUACCUCCGCCAAUCCCGUCAACUCAGCCACCGCUGCCCGGUCGAGCCCCUCCUGGUCAGAUGCGUCGCCGGUCUACCAUUGAUAGCCGUGCAAGUGCCUCUGCCUCGAGACAGGCUGGGGACGACGUUGAAGGUGAAGUGACUGAGUACGACGGUGACUAUGACACCGACAUUGCAUCUGGUGUCAAACAUAAGGAUGCAUUGAGAUCUCAUGAACGGGAUUCAAGCUUUGAUGCCGAUGACUCUCUCUACUCCCCACGAAGCCCGCAAGACACUAGACUGCCUCCACCAAUUCCCCAAGCUGUUGCUCCUAGAGCAGCUCCGCCCCCACCACCUAGUCAGCCUCGCAAUGCUCGGGGUUCCAUCGACACACCCAGAGGACCACCUCCGCCUCCGCCUCCACCAAAAGAAGAACCCGCUGGCAACGAUGAUGAUGACUAUGAUCCCUUCAACUAUGCUACACCUCAGCAUCGUUCAUAUACUUUACCGCCUGUUCCUAGUGUGCACCCCGAUGCGCCACCCCCUCCCCCCCCCCCUCACCACGCAAUGCCUCCUCCGCUCACAGUGAACCCGGAAUAUGAUGACCAAUACGAGGAAUCUCCUGUGCAGAGUCCACCCAAUGAGCCCCAAGCCACAGCUCAGCACAAGAAGCGAUCAUCUUUUGCCCCACCACCUCCCUUAACACAGGCCCCUCCUUUGUCCUCUCCUUCUACAGCUAGAAGCCAACGGGCUUCAAUGGACAUGUUGAGAGGCCCGCCGAAUGUCCGGAGAUCGAUGGAUGUGGGCCGUCCCUCCGUUGAACAAGGAUUUAUUGCCACUGAUGUUGACCUUGCUGAGAACACCAUUUGGUGGACUCAUCCCAACACGCUGCCACCAGCAUUCCAAGGACGCAAGGAUAUUCUGUUCGAGGUCGAAGAAUCUAGUUCCUCAAAGCGGGGCGGAAAGACAACAGUUAGCAAGGACGUCUAUAUUCUGUUCAUGGAUUACUCCCAGACCGUGAUCACUGUGCUUUUCGAUAGCAAGAACCCCUCAGAUGCUUCUUUCGAGCAGCGUCACGAACCCUCUCCACUCCAGCCUCGCCAAGAUCAAUUGGAGCAAGCACAUGUACAAAUUGGUACCCGUAUCUCGGAAGCUAUUAAUGCCAUCCAAAACACCACUGUUGGUGACGGUACACCGUUUGGACUUGUUCAGCAUCUGCUGAGCCCUCUUCCCGAUGCACUACUCCCUAUUGGAACCCGGGCUUAUGGUGCUGCUGUCUACUCCAAUCUGGCCAACGCAUCUGUUACCCAGAAUGACGAGAUUCGCGCGGGUGACAUUGUGAGCUUCCGUAACGCUCGCUUCCAGGGUCACCGCGGGACCAUGCACCAGAAGUACAACUCUGAAGUGGGUAAACCAGACCACGUCGGCAUAGUUGUAGACUGGGAUGGUACAAAGAAGAAGAUCCGUGCUUGGGAGCAAGGACGUGAGAACAAGAAGAUCAAGAUGGAGAGCUUCAAGCUGAAUGACAUGCGCAGUGGUGAGUGCAAAGUCUGGCGAGUGAUGCCACGCAGCUGGGUAGGCUGGGAGAGUACAAAAUAG